AUGCUUCGCCGUAAUAGCUCUCGAAACACCACGCGCCGCCCGCUCAGCCGGAGCAAAUCGACCGCAUCUGUUGCCCGAAGCCCCAUUCGGGAUCUGGAGUCUAUUGACCCUGUAAAAGCUGAACGGGACGCUAAUCUUGCUGCGGUCUUAUCCUAUUAUCGAGCCAAAGACCAGGCUGACGAAAAAGCAAAAAAUGUCUCCCUUACACGACGUUACCUAGAGACCCUGCAGCCACCCAACGGCCAGUGUCACAACACUCAAGAAGAUGUUGUUUCUUCCUCAUCCCACCAAAAGGUCAGAAAAUCUCGAUCCAUGAUGGUUUCGUCGCACGCUUCAGACCUGCGCCCGCGCUCUUCGCCUCUGCCGCCCACGAGCGGUGAUGAGGAGCAGCAACUGAAAGAUGCGCGACCCAAAUCAGCGGCGCUCCGAGCCGCCACAUCUAUGAGUUUCCUCCGAAGCAGACGAAAGACGGCGGCUUCUCGUGCGAGUCACAUCGAAGUCAGCGACGCGGCACUCCGACUCGCCAGAGAGAGGUUCCAACAGAUACAAGAGGAAGAGGCGAAGCAGAUGGGAUCUACGCUAUCGCGACCAAAGACCAGAGAGAGCCAACGCUCUACAACCCUCCGCAAAUCCCUCCGCAACACUAGCAACACUUCCACCGCAUUUACAACGUUUUCCACCAACAGCGCCUACGUUUCCAAGCAACAUGUGAUCCGAAACACGGCACGCAAAGUCUCACAUGGCUUGAGGUCAAAGUUGCGAGGUCUUUUCGGUAAAGGAAAGAGCGAAGACUCUCAGGAACACGACCCAUGCGCGACAGAGAGGGAUUUUGAUGUAGAGAGCUGUCUGCAUGUUGGGGACACUGAGGCAAUGGAAGAAGCAUCUAUGUUCCAGGUGACAGCACACGUUCCUUCGUUGCACGAUGUACCUUCGAAUAAAAAGCUCAGGUCUCGCAAAGGCAGCGUGGAGAGCUUUGGUGAUCACUGUGUUUCUGACGAUAGGUCUCGUGUCACCAGCUGGACGAACUCGAUGACAGACACGAGUCAAGGAACCGAGGAAAGACAGCGUCUUUCCGUCAUCAAAGAGAAUGACUUCAAGCAAUGGCCCGCUCAUUCCACCAUUCGGCGCGUUCGACCUGACGACGACUGCAAGGGCCAUGAGCAUGAGCGACAGUCUUCGAUAUCAAGUUCGGUCACAGAAGUCCCAGACAAAGACUCGAAUUAUGCGACCGAGACAACUGGGCAAGGGUACACUGGCUGUGAUUGGAAUGACGACAAAGCGAGUUCCGACCAGCGCACUGUGCUACUCGAUGAACUUGAUCCUCACAAGACCAUCAGUCAUCGAAGUUCUGCUUUUUUUGGGAGCCCUUCUCGUCAGUCGGUGAGAUCGCCAAGCCCCUACCGUCGUGCAAUUCGGGAGAUGAAUUCUUCUGAAGAGGUAAAUGGUUUAUUGGGAUCACAAUAUCUUCAUUCCCUAUCGACCUUGAACCUACCAGCCCGACAAUACAGCAACCCGGGUUCAGAUAAGGACUAUCACGCCAUAGACGUUGACAGCGUUUAUUCCUUUUAUGCGGAUGAUGUAAUCCCAGUACCUCCAGCCAUAUCUCCAGCGAUAGGGUCAAAUGUUUUCGAGCAAUCUCCCGAUCGAAGGUACACCCGCCGGCCAUCACCAGAGAUCUCAAUCUAUUCGCCAGCUAACGAACACCAACGUGACACAUCCACCGCCAGCUCAGUGGAAUGGAAGACCUGGUUGAGCUCGAAAGUGUCCAAACUUGAAGGCCCCACGACCCCAACUAGACGCAAGCAAGAGACCGGCGCCCUGCCACCACUGGGCCACCUCAGAGAGUUGGCUUCAAUGGGCUCUACUCCAGAGCUCUCUGUAACAGCCAAAUGUACACCAAACCGAAGCCCUCUGGGUAGUGUAAAGGGAAACGCCCAAGCAUUUCCUGACAACAGCCCAACAAGACUACCGCGCCGAGCUGGUACCGUAUACAACGAGAACUUGGCACCGAAUUACGAGAAGACGACCGAUAAAGAGAGAACACCUUCCAUACCACGUCGGAGCACUUUGCGAGCAGUACCUUCGCUCCCAAGUGUUGACACGCGAGGGAAUUUGAUGGAGACAGGACCGAAAAGAGAAAUGCAACGAAUGAGGUCCAUGAACACGUUAGGUCGUCUGAACUCGACACCGGAAGAGACUAAACGACGCUCCCGCACACCUGGGUGGCAAGGCUCACCAACCAGAUCAAGCCCUGGUAUUAACGGACGACACCGAUAG